AUGGAGAAAGAGGUUCAGUUUACAGGAAUAUUAAGUGAUAAAGCUCAAGAAAAUCCAGUGGAGAUGGCUGCACAGCUUCAGUUUAGAGGAGAGCGCACUUCUCUUGGAUGCUCAGGUGGUGGUUUAGCAGCUAUCCUACGUUACGAUGAGUUCAGGAACUUGUUCCCUGGUUCCACCAAAGUCAAGUGCUUAAGUGACGCAGGCUUGUUCUUGGACAAGAACUUAUACAAUGGUAUAGUAGAGUUUCAGAGUGUGAAAAACAACCUGCCUCGUCUGUGCACAAACCAUCUUGAUCCAACUUCGUGUUUCUUCCCAGACAAUCUGAUCAGUCAGAUGAAAACUCCACUUUUCAUUGUCAACGCUGCAUAUGAUACAUGGCAGAUACAAAGCAGCAUAGCUCCAACAUCAGCAGAUCCUAGUGGGUUUUGGCAUGACUGUAGACUCAACCAUGGAAAGUGCACACCUGGUCAAAUGCGGUUCUUGCAAGGUUUCAGGGAUCAGAUGCUGAGAGUAGUUAAGGGCUUCUCAAUGUCUAGACAGAACGGACAUGGACUCUCCUCCUUCUGACUUCGGGUUCGAAAGGUUUUGGUAACGACAAUACUAAAAAACGACCAAGAAGAAGAAGCUGGAGAUGUAAAUGGUAGUAGUAAUAAGCCUGCCUUUGGAGAUAUACUCGCAAUCGCUUUCGCCGCCUAAAACAACAACAUUAAAACGGAGAUCGUAACGUAAGUGAAAAAAAAAGUGAUCAAAUUUGAGGUGAUGGAGAACACUUGGACGGAUCUGGAGUUACCAUUUUGAGGGCAAGAGAGAUCUCUCCGUUAUGCUUCGCUUCGAUCCGAGGAACUAUAAGGAAAACGAUUUUGAAUCAGUUUCUUCGACUGACACGUGUCUCUCCCGUUGUGGACCGGACCGGUUUACACAAAAUUUAUGGGCCCGUUUUGUUUAGUUAUUCGGUUCAGUAAGCCCAAGUGGUAAGAAAUGGGUUCACGAAAAAAUCUAAAAAAACCACACUAUUUAUUAUUUAUUCGAUUCCAUAGAUAUCAAAGGAUU